AUGAGCUCUCAUUCUGCCACCACGAAGACUGAAUUCAAACUUAGUCAGAGUGGACCGGCGGCAAGCGCUGGCACUGAGGUUGACGUUAAACCUAGCUCCAGUACAUCGGUGCCUACUGCGACAAUCGGAACCAAUCCAAUUAGUCGACAUCAUGUGGCUAUGCGGAGAACUGGGGAAGAUACUGCCACAGGUAGCAUCAUUAUUGGUAUCCUGCAUGAGGGUGAUCCCGAAGGAAGAAUUCCCAGGGCCUAUUGGAAAUUGGUGCAGGCUGCUCUGACUAAUAUGACGUUGAAAGCGCUACUAAGCAACCAGGUCCGCCACCAUCAUGUACUGACGCUGGCUGCAAAUUAUGUAAAUAAUAAGUGCCUUCCAACGGCGGGCUGGAAAUUUGUCAAGGCUUUUGACAAUACUACAACAGUAGGCGGUGUGGUGACGAAACGUGCCACAACGCAGGUGAUCCUGUUACUAACGAACAACUCACUGGAACCUUUGGCGAAAAGCGAAGGUAUCAUAAAUUAUGGUUUUGACAAGGUGAGAGUCAGAACCUAUAAGACAGAUGCUGAUGCUAUCGACCAACUACCCCCAGAUAUUGAAGCUAAUGAUGCUGAGGAAGAUCCUAUGGAGUCCUCAAGUGACGUCAAGAACAUCGACUUGGAAGGAUACUGUUCGACAGGGUCUGAGCUUACAGCUAGACUUAAGAAUAUGAGUACGAAAAGAGAGCUCUUGAGCGAGUCGCAGGAAGAUGAGAAUACAAACAGUGCGUCUUCUUCAAAUAAAUCUGCACCAUAG